AAAAAACAAAGAAAGAAGAAGAAGAGUCAAGGCUUCUUUAGCAGGAAGGAAGAGCAGUAGCAGCCAUGACUGUUUCAUCUUCUCUUUCCGUUGCCAAAAAUGGCAGAGUCCUCAUCGCCGGUGCCACCGGUUUCAUCGGGAGGUUCGUAGCUGAAGCCAGCCUCGCAGCCGGUCAACCCACGUAUGUUCUCGUCCGGCCCGGCCCCCUGCACCCUUCUAAGGCUGACACCGUCAAGUCCUUCAAAGACAAAGGCGCAAUAAUCUUACACGGGCUGAUUUCUGAUAAAACCCUAAUGGAGAAAAUGCUAAGAGAGCAUGAAAUCGAGAUAGUAAUAUCAGCCGUGGGUGGUGCCACAAUAUUGGACCAGAUUACCCUAGUCGACGCCAUUGCGGCAGUUGGUACAGUUAAGAGAUUUUUGCCGUCGGAGUUUGGACACGAUGUGGACAGGGCUGAUCCGGUGGAACCAGGGCUCACCAUGUACUUGGAGAAACGCAAGGUUAGACGUUCCGUCGAGAAAUCCGGGGUACCCUACACUUACAUUUGCUGCAACUCGAUUGCUUCUUGGCCCUACUUUGACAACACCCACCCUUCUGAGGUUCUGCCACCGUUGGAUCGGUUCCAAAUCUACGGUGAUGGCACCGUCAAAGCCUACUUUAUUGACGGUACUGAUAUCGGCAAGUUCACAAUGAAAACGGUGGACGACAUCCGAGCAAUCAACAAAAAUGUUCAUUUCCGACCGCCGAGCAACUUAUACGACAUCAAUGGGCUUGCAUCUCUGUGGGAGAAGAAAAUUGGCCGGACCCUCCCUAGAGUCACCGUCACUGAAGAUCACCUACUAGCCCUUGCUGCAGAGAACCGUAUACCAGAAAGCAUAGUGGCCUCGUUCACGCAUGACAUCUUUAUCAAAGGAUGUCAGGUUAAUUUUGCGGUGGAAGGGCCUCGUGAUGUGGAAGUGGGAACUCUCUACCCUGGAGAUUCUUUCAGGACCUUGGAUGAGUGCUUCAAUGACUUUCUUCUCAAGUUGAAGGACAACCUAGAGCUACUGCAAGAGGAGGAGGAUCAGAAAGUCUCCACCGAAAGCACCGUUGUGGAAUCCAGGGCUGUGACUGCCACUUGUGCUUGAUCACAUCAAGACCGUCGACGACGAAAUUCAUGUUCUGGAUUUAUUACUAGGAAAAGAAAUGUUCCAACAGUUUGGGGGUGAGCUUGUUAUAAAAUUGGUAUGGAGGGGGGGGGGGUUUCUAGGUUUUCUUCGAGGAAGAUACUAAUUUGAUUGUUUUUUUCGCUGGACAAGGAAACUGGAUUUUCAUUUUACAUUGUUAAAAAGAAUUCCAGUUUGUUGUGAAUGUUGGAUAAUUCAAUUCAACGUAAUAAUGUAAUAAGUCUGGUAAUUAUUUGAGAUUAUUAAGUAUUCGAUA